UUUUCGUUGGGGAAAAAUGAGUUCCUAGAAAAUGAAGAUGGAAGGUGAAUAUAAAAUUCAAUAGAUGACGGGUUGCUUUUGAACCCUAAUGCUUGAUACCUGAUUCCUUUACUCCAGCACAGUCCAAAGCCCCAUCAGAAGCCGAUUCUUCCUCUGUUAAUUUCGCAUGGCAAGUGUUGAAGAGCCCAAGAACAAGCUCAAGCUCUAUUCCUACUGGAGAAGUUCUUGCUCAUAUCGCGUCCGGAUUGCUCUCAAUUUGAAAGGCCUAAGCUACGAAUAUGUACCUGUUAAUCUGGUCAAAGGAGAGCAAUUCAAUCCUGAAUUUUUGAAGCUCAAUCCUAUUGGCUACGUGCCUGUGCUGGUGGAUGGGGACAUUGUUAUUUCUGACUCUUUUGCCAUCUUGAUGGUUAGUUUCGCUUUUUCUCUUUUCUUUUUUUUUUUUUUUUUUUUGGUUGAUCGAGCUCCAGAUGGAGUUAUAACUUCAAUUUUCCCUGUUGAUAAAGUGCAGUAUUUGGAUGAAAAGUAUCCUCAGCAUCCAUUGUUGCCCCGUGAUCUUCAUAAAAAGGCAAUUAACUACCAGGCUGCAAAUAUUGUUUCUUCAAGCAUACAGCCUCUUCAGAAUCUAGCCGUGCUAAAAUAUAUAGAGGAAAAAGUCAGUCCAGAUGAGAAACUUCCUUGGCUUCAAUAUCAUAUUGGAAAAGGCUUUGCAGCAUUGGAGAAGCUGCUAAAAGACCAUGCUGGAAGAUAUGCAACUGGAGAUGAAGUUUUCCUGGCGGAUUUGUUUCUAGCACCACAGCUUUAUCAAGCAGUUAAAAGAUUUAAUUUAGACAUGACUCAGUUCCCUCUUCUAUCAAGGCUGCAUGAAGCAUACAAUGAGCUACCAGCAUUCCAGAAUGCUAUGCCAGAAAACCAGCCGGAUGCCCCUGCAUCCAGCACAGCGUAAAUCAACAGGAAGUGAAGUUUCAGGUCAAACAUCCUAAUCCAAAACUUAAACUGGCAGCAGUAGUGCAAUCUGGUGCAGCUUGAAGAAUAUGCUAUCCAGCAUAUACUGUAGAAUGGGGUCAAUUUGAAGGUUGGCCUUUCACUAUCAUAUGAUUGGAUGAUGGAUGAAUGAUAAUAAUCAUGGUUCAAGUAAAUGCAUAGGACAUUCACUCUAUGAUGUUGUUAAUCUUACCCAUUGUGCUUCCUGUAAUAAUGAGUUUGUAUGACUUCUUUGGUUGCAUAGCUCAUGUCCUCAUUCAUCAA